AUGCAGGUUGCUCGACACCAUCGAUGGAGCUGUGGAAGAGCAAGACCGCGUGCGGGCCGGGCUGGCCGCAGCUUGCGCAGCCCUAGGCCUGGAUCCCUCAGAGGUGGCGAGCAUGAGCCCAGAGGAGCUCAAAGCAGAGGCCGCAAGGCGCGAGCGGGAGCUCAAGCAGCGAUACGAGGAGACGCUGCGGGCCAUGGGCCGCUUGCCAUCGAGAUUCAGAAGAGAUUUGUACAAUUUUUUAUGCUGAGUGUUGGCGACGGUUCGAGUUGUCGCUUGGUUCCUUUGGGUAAUUAG